CACUAUUUUUGAGGAUACAAAAAAUUGAGAUAAAAAUCGGAUCGGCCUCGUGCGGUUAUCGUUUUUUUGAGUUUUUGAAGUGCGUUUUUUUCAAAAACCCGAAUUGUAAUUAGUAUUUAAUAUACUACGUAUCUUUUAUUAAUGCUAAAAUAAUGGCUGCUCAAAUAUUCAAUCGAAUCAGCCAGUUGGGUUUGGGUCUUGCCGUUGUCGGCGGUGUUGUAAAUUCUGCUCUGUACAAUGUUGACGGUGGUCACAGAGCUGUUAUAUUCGAUAGAUUCGCUGGUAUUAAGAAAUUCGUAGUCGGUGAAGGAACUCACUUUUUCAUUCCAUGGGUUCAGAAACCAGUCAUUUUUGAUAUUCGUGCCAGACCCAGAAAUGUCCCUGUAGUCACUGCUAGUAAAGAUUUGCAAAAUGUAAAUAUCACCUUGAGAAUAUUAUUCCGACCAAAACCAGAUCAAUUGCCGAGAAUAUACACUAUUUUGGGAGUCGAUUACGAUGAAAGAGUGCUACCCUCUAUUACGACUGAAGUUUUGAAAGCUGUUGUGGCUCAAUACGAUGCUGGCGAACUUAUUACCCAAAGAGAAGUAGUUUCUGAAAAAGUCAGUGAAGAAUUGAACGAAAGAGCUGCCCAAUUUGGAGUUAUACUUGAUGACAUUUCAAUUACACAUUUGACGUUUGGCAAAGAGUUCACCCAAGCUGUUGAAUUGAAACAAGUCGCGCAACAAGAUGCCGAACGUGCAAGAUUUUUAGUAGAAAGGGCUGAGCAACAAAAACAAGCUGCUAUUAUUUCCGCUGAGGGAGACGCACAGGCUGCCUUAUUGCUGGCUAAAUCUUUUGGUGACGCUGGUGAAGGUUUGGUAGAAUUAAGGCGUAUUGAAGCUGCCGAAGAUAUUGCUUACCAAUUAUCACGAGCAAGACAAGUGACUUACUUACCGUCGAAUCAAAAUGUUCUGUUGAAUUUGCCCCAAACAGCGUAGUAAAAUAAAGUUUCUGUUAUAUAAAUAUUGAAAGGUUAGAUGUUAAAUUCAAAUAUACUAUUAUAAGUUUUCUA